AUGUCCGAAUCGGAAGACGAAGAUUUGUGUUCUGUUAUCCCUCCAGAAGGCCUUCGAAUGGCUAUGGUAGCUAUGGCAGGAACCGUCAUCGCGCUGGUAUCCGUUAUUUUCAACGCCUUCCUCUUCUUCAUCCUCAUCUCCAACUCCCAAUAUCGUCGAACUCAUCUUCUAUUCCUUGCUUUUCUAGCUCUCAUUGACACAUUCUUGUCAGGUAUGUUAAUUUUACUCUAAAAAAGUUAGAUGUUUUUGGUCAAAGUUUUACUUUUCAUUCUAACCUUUUGUACGUAGGCGAGGAUUGAAAAUCAAUCUGACCGCCAUUUUUUUAAAACUAAAUUACUGAUCUUGGAAGAGUAAAUAAAACUGAGACAAAAUUAGAGAUCAACUCCCAAUAACAAUAUUUUUUAGCCUCUUACAUCAUGAUCUUCCCGGUAAACUUGUUUAUGGACUACUUUGAGAGCGAGUUUUUGGCUUGGGCUUGGUUUAAUUACGUAAAACCGAUGCUGGCCAUAUGCCAUGUGGCCAUAACCAGUUCAGCGUUGCUGUUGACGGCAGCCACCUUUGAACGAUUUCUGACCAUUUCCAAGAUUCGGAACCAGUUCUCGACAACCAUCAGGUUGUUUAUUGUAUCGGUUACGGUAAUUUUUGCAGUUGCUGCAAAGGCUCCUAUGUAUUUUGAAUUAAUUGUAAGUGAACUAGUUCCAAAAAAUAGUGAUGGACUUUCUGUUUUAUUUAGUAUCGUUAGUAAUAUUUUUCAGGUAGUCGAGAAUCCGAACUGUACUGGAGUCACUGGUUAUUCAGCUUACAUGGCUGAGUGGAGUAAUGAAGAGCCUUAUCAAACCGUCUACAAGUUCUGGUUCAGAAAUAUUGUCGGCACUUUUCUCCCAUUCUUCCUAUCGCUUCAUUUUAACAUCCGGAUUGUAGCCCGUCUGAGGCAACAACACACUGGAGCUAGGCUUUUUAGAUUCGCAACUUCCGAACAUCGGGUAAUUAGCAUUACCACUUUUUUUAAACUUUUUACGAACCCUCACCAAAGUUAACAAAUUCAUGAGGUAAUCCAUUACAGAGGAAUAUUCGUGCUGCGACAAGAAUGCUGGUGUUGAUUACAAGUACUUACAUUGUGUGCAACUCUCUCUCCGUUGUGAUCGCAGCUUGGGAAUUUAUUGAUAAGGUAAGGUCGAGAUUAUUUUUUAAUCUUCUUCAGGAAUCAUUGUAUACCAGCCAAUUGCGUCCAUUCUAUACUUACGCAACAGAUCUGGUCUCGAUUCUUACAGUAGUCGCUUGUUCGAUUCGUCUUCCAAUUUAUUAUUUUUGUAACGUGAGUUGUUAAUUGCCUUAAGCAAUCCAUUUUAGAGACGACUCCGGAGAGAAGUAAACGAAACGCUACUACGGUUUUGUGGAUGUGAGCCCGAGAAGAUUGAAGGAUUCUCGAGGAAAAGCCGGCUGACCACCAUAAGGUAUGUUUUGUGAACAAAACCGUAAGAAUUAGUAAAUGAUACGAAGAUGACAGGAUUUAGGAUACAAUCCGUUUUUAAAGAUAGGCAUACCCUGUGUUUUCAAAUAUCUUUUAACCCCUAUAAAACGUACCAAAAUGGCAAAAUAAUUUUUUUGGUUGAGUUUGACCUUGCUCAUCAAGGGCUUAUUACGGCCAGAAACCUAACCAACCUCCAAAAGGUUGUUCUAUCCAUUCGUCCUACCGAAUCACUCGACUCUGCUCUCCUUUUUCCGAGGAAGAGAAAGAAUAAUUUUUUUAAGAGUAAAUUUCCACAAAAGCUUACUGUAAGUUUCAGAUAUCUGAACACGGGAGAUGGAUUUGUGUUGUGUAACAACGAAAAUCGGCGGAAUGAGCCCAAGUUUGUUGUGGGGACAGGCUUUGACCGGGUCGUUUUACAAGUGGCAAUGCAGGAUUUCAAUCGGGCCAAUGGAAUGUGUAAUGCAGCUCAUAUAUGA